AAUAAUAUAGCAGUGGCAGACCCUAAACUACAGAUACAGUGAUACAUACUCAACACCCUUCUGUCCUUCCCUGCACUGAUCAAUCUAACCAUGGCGGCCAUUAGAAAGCUGUCAAAGAGCAUCGCGUUUUCGUCUCAUCUCCCGAAGCCCGCUUCCGGUUUUCUAUCAUCGUCAUCAUUAGUUCCGGCACUUUACGUUUCUUGCAGAGGCAUAGCGUCCAAGCUCUUCGUAGGAGGUCUUUCGUUUUACACCACUGAACAGGGACUGAAUGAGGCAUUUUCUCAAUAUGGUCAAGUCAUUGAUGCGUCAAUUGUGAUGGAUAGGGUGACUGACAGAUCAAAGGGCUUCGGGUUUGUCACUUACGCGUCUGAAGAUGAAGCUGAGAAAGCAAUUGCUGAGAUGAGCGGAAAGCCACUUAAUGGGCGUGUUAUUUUCGUGGACUAUGCAAAGCCAAGAUCGGGUUCGAGUGGAGGCAUGCCAAUUGCUAGAGGACCACCUGAACCAUCACCACAGAAUUGAUUUGUUCGCAAUCACUUUCCAGAGCUAAGGUAGCAGAAUGUGAUUUCAUGCAAUAAACGUUUAUGUACACGUGAUUGGUCUGUUGUUUAUAAGUCAUAGUAGUUUUGUAAUACUUUGACAUCAAGGGAACGUUGAAAUCAGUAUCUUAUAGACGGGAAAUAAUCGAAUACCUAUUAUUUUAUUUA